UCAAAAUUGAAGUGCUGGGUACAUAUAUAUAUUUAUUCAUUCACUUAUGUAGAGUCCAUUCGUAAGGAAGAAGAAUUAUUUUACCUACAUAUUGUACCAUUUCAUUGCGGUUUGCACAUUAUUCAAAAAAUUCCCGAACAGGAAGUUCCACAGGGUGCCAAAAUCAUGUCUUUGGUUAUACAGAAUAAUCCCAUUGUCAAGAUCAUUGUAGGGAUUGCGGCGAUAGUUUUAUACUUCCACUGGAUGACACAGCUUCACGAAAGGCAGGACAUCCUUUUCAAAAAAAGCGUAGCAGAUACUCACGGAAUAUUACGGAGUUUUGAGGCGACAACAUUAGCAUCCUAUGAAUCCCUGAAAGAUGUAGUACUCUCACUGUCACUGUCCCAGCCAACUCAGCCGCCAGCACGAAAUACUAAAGACUUUGGCGUUGCGGAUCGAGGAUUUUGGCAAGGCACCGACGCCACAUCGCGCCACGUAUUUGAUGAACCAUUAGCGACAGCACUCAUAGAAUUUUUAAGAGGAGAAAAUGUGAAAACUCUCCUGGAACUCGGUUGUGGGACGGGUGCAUACGCCAAACAAAUGAAAGCUGCCGGAAUUUUGGUAGCCUGUUACGAUGGAAAUCCACAAACUCAAGAUUUGUCCGAGGGUCGUUGUGGCGUCGUGGAUUUGAGUAAACCACUGGAUUUUGUCAAUUCGAAUGGACACUUUCACUCGAAGUUGGGGAACAUAUUCCAAAAGAAUUUGAGGAUAUUUUUAUAACAAACGUCAGUGGGGCGAAGAAUGGAUUAAUUCUUAGCUGGGCGAUUGAGGGACAGGGCGGAACAUCGCAUGUGAACAAUCACAACAAUAGCUAUAUUCGGGAUAAGAUUGAACAAAAAGGAUUUACCUCUGAUUUCAAGACGGAAAAAGUUUUUAGGAAGGAGGCUACUCGUGGCUGGUUUAAAAAUACUAUAAUGGUAUUUCGAAAACAGGUUUAGUCAGGUGAUAAUGGUAUUUAUGUAUUGCCAUCCAUAGUAAUGCGUCAGCAUACAGAUAGUUCAAUUAUAUUACGGGUCAAGUAGAUACAUAUUUGUCCCAACCCAUACUUUUGACCAUGUUAUUGUAUGUACUUUGUAAUAAAAGUGCGAAUUCUUAAUUUUAAUUAUAACUAUAUAAACCAGAUUAAAUUUUGAUAAAAUAAAGAAGUCAUGCAUAGAUGUAAGAUCAUUUAAAG